GGGGGAGAGAGAGGAGAAUACGGUUGGCUGGUUAAGGGAAAUGAGCUGGCUCCUCCGCUAUCGGGGGAGAGGUUGGAGCUUAGAAUAGAGAGAGAAAGAGGUGAAGGAAAGAAAAAGCUGUGAAAAGAGAGAGAGAGAGAGAGAGAGCAAUCAAACAGAACGAGUCCAACCGAGCAGAGUAGUCAGUCCAACAAUCGCCCCUCUUCUCUCUCUAUUUCUCUUCUUAGACCUCAGAUCCACCCCCAAAGGCUUCUUCGUAGUACUUCUCUCACGGAUAUCCUCUGGAAUCUCGAUUUCUUGGAUGCGGGAUUCGGAACGAUGGAUCCCAGCAGAGCGGCCGCAUCCACGGCGAGCUCGGGGAGGCCGAGGGAUGGAGUCGGCCCUCCGCCCGAUUUCCCGGCCGGCCUCAGGGUGCUGGUAGUCGACGACGACCCCACCUGCCUAAAAAUCCUCGAUAGAAUGCUCCGCAAAUGCCUCUACGACGUGACAACUUGCACGCGGGCGGCGGCGGCUCUGGCGAUGCUGCGGGAGAGGAGGGGAGCGUUCGAUGUGGUUCUGAGUGAUGUGUACAUGCCGGACAUGGAUGGCUUCAAGCUUCUCGAGCACAUCGGGUUGGAGAUGGACCUUCCCGUUAUCAUGAUGUCGGCCGAUGACGGGAGGGAUGUUGUCAUGAAGGGGGUCACUCAUGGUGCCUGCGAUUACCUCAUAAAGCCAGUGAGGAUGGAGGCGCUGAGGAAUAUAUGGCAGCAUGUGGUGAGGAAGAGGAGGAAUGAGUUGAAGGAGUUGGAGCACUCAGGAAGUGCAGAGGAGAAUGACAGGCAGAAAAGAGCUUUGGAAGAUGGGGAUAACGCAUCCUCGGCAAGUGAGGGGAAUUGGAAGAAUGUGAAGAGAAGGAAGGAUGGGAAGGAGGAGGAGGAGGUUGAGGAGCGCGAAGAUCCUUCGACGCUGAAGAAACCGAGGGUGGUGUGGUCUGUUGAUCUCCACCAGCAGUUUGUGGCUGCCGUGAACCAAUUAGGUGUUGACAAGGCUGUUCCAAAAAAAAUCCUUGAGUUGAUGAAGGUUCCUCGACUUACCAGAGAAAAUGUUGCGAGCCACCUGCAGAAAUACCGAUUGUAUUUGAGGAGACUAAGCGUACCACAACAUGAGGCCAGACUUGAUACACCAUAUACAGGCGCUUCAGAAGCAACAUUUCGUUCAGUUGGCUCAUUUGAUGGGCUUGAUACUCAAGCUCUUGCUGUUUCUGGUCAGUUUCCACCACAAAGUCUUACGACUCUACAUUCUGGGCCCAGAAGAGUUACAACUACUGGCAUAGGCUUGCCUUCUAUUGAUCAAGUAGGUUUUUUCAAUUCUAGCGCACAAAUGGCUAAUGCUUCAAAUAUAAGGCCUGCAAUGAUGCAACAGAUGAACAAUAAGCAAUUGAACUUCCUUUCUGGACCCUCCACCAAUAUGGAGUCAGGGCAGCAUGGUCAGUCACAACAACUGGUCGAAUCAUAUGGAAAUAUGGGACUGCGAGUCGGUGAAGGUGCAUCAGGUUUUUUUAACCUACCAUCUUCACAAAGAACAAGCACCUCAUUUCCGGGAGGCACCAUCAAUGUAAACCUGAGUAACUCUUUACCUAUGCAAAUGACUCAGCAAGGACAGCAAUUUUCUGUGUGUCAGCAACAGAAUCGAAUACAUAUUAGUAUGCCACGACAGCUACAAACAAGGGAACAACUACUAAAUGAAAUUUUAGGUGAAUAUGAUUCGAGGCUUUCGACACCCAUGGGACAUCAAAUUCUUUCAAAUGAGGUUUCAGGUCAUGUCUCAGGAAGAGGUCGGAGUAAUAUGAAUGUGCGCACAUCGUUGCGUGAGGGCUACAUGAAUGCUUCUUCAUAUGGUCCACUUUCUCAUGCUUUGUAUGCUGAUUUUUCUAAUAGCGGCAUGAAUGAAUCAACCGGAAGUUGCUAUCCUCUUGCAAGUGGUGCAGGAACGACCAAUUUCACAUCAAUUGGUAUGCUUCAAGAAGCUUUGCCCCCGGUGGGAAAUGUUGAAACGUUAGGUAAUUCCGUCAGCGUUAAAGGAGCGAACGACUUUGUUCCAGAUUAUGAUCUCCUUAGUGACGUUCGUCAAAGUAAAAGCCAAGACUGGAAGUCACAGAAUAUAGAUGUUUCUUAUCAGUCAGCCCAACAACUUGGCUCCAAGCAAAGCAAUAUUGACUUUGGUUCUUCACGAUUGGCUCAUGAAGAUUCGAUUGCUGCUAUAAAAGAUGAUAAGAGUAGGAAUGCAUGCACUGUUAGGAAGGAGAUAUUUUCAGUAAGAACAGAGAUUGAACAUGAGAAGGGAGACUGUACUGCUCAACGCAAUGGUACCAUUCUUGUUGAAAACUCUCUCAGAGUAAUGGCCGAGGGCAUGUCAGAUCUAAGUUAUCAAGAAGUGCUUUUUGAUGACAAUAUCAUACAAAACGAGCUAAUGAAUGUUGUGGGAAAGAAGCAGGAAGGUGUUGGACAGGUUGAUCCUGAGUUUAAUUUUGAUGGAUAUUCCUGGGAUGACAUUCAGGUGUAGCUCACUGGCAUCCUCCAAUGAUGCCACCGAUUAUGAGCUUCUGCAGUGAAUUGCACAAGUUGUUUGUCACAGUCAAGAUACGGAAAAAAAUCGAGAACCUGUCUCAUGGCAGCUCUCUCUCUCUCUCUCUCUCUCUCUCUCUCUCUCUCUCUCUCUCUCAAGGAGCUCUCCAGAAAAGAAAAUGUGAAGUUAGUGCAGAUCAACGUCCUGGAGCUGCUGAAUUUAUUCACGGUGGCAUCAAAGAUAAUGGCCGGUAUGCAAAGGCAUACCUGAAAAGUUUUGAACUUUCGCUCGUGCUAACAAGACAGACCUAGUUUAAUGGAGGAUGUGAAUUGUGUGGUUGUGGUGUGAUUUGAGUUGUUUGACGCUGGGUAAUAGGAGCCUUCAGUUACUCUCUUCAAUAUUUCAGGGGAGUAUUUCCUAACUCCAAUAGCUGUUUUGUUGCUUUUAGAAUUACAAUUAGCAUGUACAGUUUUCUACUGAUUCAUGAACAACUACCUUUAUUUAAUUGUUCAUUUGUAAGGUUGCACCAUCUCUUUUC